UCACUACUUUAUUUUAAGAAUGUGAAAUGUCAGAAUAAUAGUAGAGAGAAUGAUUUAUUUCAGCUUUUAUUUCUUUCAUUACAUUCCCAGUGGGUCAGAAGUUUACAUACACUUUGUUACUAUUUGGUAGCAUUGCUUUUCAAUUGUUUAACUUGGGUCAAACAUUUUAGGUAGCCUUCCACAAGCUUCUCACAAUAAGUUGCUGGAAUUUUGGCCCAUUCCUCCAGACAGAACUGGUGUAAUUGAGUCAGGUUUUUAGGCCUUCUUGCUCACACAUGCUUUUUCAGUUCUGCCCACAAAUUUUCUAUUGGAUUGAGGUCAGGGCUUUGCAAUGGCCACUCCAAUACCUUGACUUUGUUGCCAUUUUGCCACAACUUUGGAGGUAUGCUUGUGGUCAUUGUCCAUUUGGAAGACCCAUUUGCGACGAGCUUUAACGAUGUCUUGAGAUGUUGCUUCAGUAUAUCCACAUAAUUUUCCUUCCUCAUGAUGCCAUCUAUUUUGUGAAGUGCACCAGUCCCUCCUGCAGCAAAGCACCCCCACCACAUGAUGCUGCCACUCCCAUGCUUCACGGUUAGGAUGGUGUUCUUCGGCUUGCAAGCCUCACCCUUUUUCCUCCAAACAUAACGAUGGUCAUUAUGGCCAAACAGUUACAUUUUUGUUUCAUCAGACCAGAGGACAUUUCUCCAGAAAGUAAGAUCUUUGUUCCCAUGUGCACUUGCAAACUGUUGUCUGGCUUUUAUGGCGGUUUUAGAGCAGUGGCUUCUUCCUUGCUGAGCAGCAUUUCAGAUUAUGUCGAUAUAGGACUCGUUUUACUGUGGAUAUAGAUACUUGUCUACCUGUUUCCUCUAGCAUCUUCACAAGGUCCUUUGCUGUUGUUGUGGGAUUGAUUUGUACUUUUCGCACCAAACUAUGUUCAUCUCUAGGAGACAGAAUGCAUCUCCUUCCUGAGUGGUAUGAUGGCUGCGUGGACCCAUGGUGUUUAUACUUGUGCACUAUUGUUUGCACAGAUGAACAUGGUACCUUCAGGCGUUUGGAAAUUGCUCCCAAAGAUAAAACAGACUCGUGGAGGUCCACAAUUUUUUUUCUGAGGUCUUGGCUGAUUUCUUUUGAUUUUCCCAUGAUGUCAAGCAAAGAGGCACUGAGUUUGAAGGUAGACCUUAAAAUACAUCCACAGGUACACCUCCAAUUCAGUACACCUCCUAUCAGAAGCUAAUUGGCUAAUUGUUUAAAGGCUUGACAUAAUUAUCUGGAAUUUUCAAAGCUGCUUAAAGGCACAGUUAACUUAGUGUAUGUAAACUUCUGACCCACUGGAAUUGUGAUAGUCAAUUAAAAGUGAAACAAUCUGUCUGUAAACAAUUGUUGGAAAAAUUAGUCGUGUCAUGCACAAAGUAGAUGUCCUAAACGACUUACCAAAACUAUAGUUUGCUAAUAUUAAAUCUGUGGAGUGGUUAAAAAAUUUGUUUUAAUGACUUCAACCUAAGUGUAUGUAAACUUCUGACUUCAGCUGUAAAUGAAAUGAUAUUUUCAAACAUUUUUCGUUCUCCUUUACGGUUAUUGUGCAUUUUCCACCUCUGUCGCUAAUUUUUUUCCCUCCAUAUCUUUUCAUUACUGUGUGGAGACCCUCCAUUCCUCUGCCUGUCUUCUGUCAAUUAAACUUGUACUGAUUUACUGGAGACUGGAGCUUGAACCAAUUGUGCCAAUAAAAUUCAAAAGACUGGCAUGUAAGUGAGCAUUUCUGAUAGACACGGUAACAGUAUGAAAGAGCGAAAUCAGCCCAGUGAAAGAAGUAUGGGCAACACAACUCUCCUGGAGUGUUUCGGGUUCCAAAAGAGGCAGUACACAAAGCCUGGCUCUCUGAGAUGCCACUGCCUCGCCAGAGCCUUCCAGCCAAUCCGCUGUUACCCUGAGGCACAGCCACACACAAAGCAAUUCCCACGUGUGAACGGUCACUCUAAAGCUGAGCGGGUGGUGAGGAACACAGCCAUGGGCUGUGACAGCGCCUCCAUGAUGAGCAGUGAGCUGGAGUCAAGCUCCUUCAUUGACAGCGAGGAGGAUGAAAAUGCUAGCAGACUGAGCAGUUCCACAGAGCAGAGCUCCUCUUUUCAGUUAAUGAAGAGACACAAGCGCAGACGGCGGCGACACAAAGUGGCCAAAAUUGACCGGUCCUCUUCCUUCAGCAGUAUCACAGAUUCAACCAUGAGCCUCAAUAUCAUAACAGUUACACUUAAUAUGGAGAAGUAUAACUUUCUUGGCAUUAGUAUAGUGGGCCAGAGUAACGAUAGAGGAGAUGGUGGUAUCUACAUUGGCUCUAUCAUGAAGGGAGGAUCUGUGGCAGCAGACGGAAGGAUAGAGCCAGGAGACAUGCUGUUACAGGUAAAUGAUGUGAACUUUGAAAACAUGAGCAAUGAUGAUGCUGUGAGGAUCCUCAGAGAGAUUGUUUCAAAGAAUGGGCCUAUUAGUCUCACUGUUGCCAAAUGCUGGGACCCUUCUCCUCGCAGUUACUUUACGAUACCCAGAGCUGAACCGGUUAGGCCCAUUGACCCGGCAGCAUGGAUUUCCCACACUACUGCACUUACUGGAUCUUACCCACAAAAUGGUACAGUCUUCCUUCUGGCAGGUGACAGCAUCUUCUUUGUUGCAAGGCAUGUCCCUAAUCAUCCUGUUGUCCUUGUGCUCUUCACAGAGUUUGAUGAUCUCCCUCUUACAGUGGGAAAGACAGACAUGGCCACUAUUGUUAAGGUGAUGCAGCUCCCAGACUCAGGACUAGAAAUAAGGGACAGAAUGUGGCUGAAGAUUACCAUUGCUAAUGCCGUUAUAGGAGGUGAUGUAGUUGACUGGCUGUACUCACGGGUCGAAGGAUUCAAAGACCGGCGGGACUCAAGAAAAUAUGCCAGCAGCCUGCUGAAGCACGGCUAUCUCAGACACACCGUCAACAAGAUUACCUUCUCUGAACAGUGCUACUACACAUUUGGAGAUCUCUGUCAAAAUAUGGCUACACUAAACUUGAAUGAGGGUUCAAGUGGUGGUGGUUCAGAGCAGGAUACAUUGCCCCCUCUCCCACCGCCAUCCACUAACCCUUGGCCCUUGGGCGGCCAACCCUUUCCUUACCCACCCUUCUCCACAGCGCCCUCUGGCUUCCCUCCAGGAUAUUCUGACCCCUGCCACAGCUUCCACAGUGGCAGUGCAGGAAGCCAGCACAGUGAUGGAAAUAUCAGAUUUGGUCUGAUAUUUAAACCAGGGAUGAAAACUACUCACCUUUCAGCUAAAGUCACCCUUUCUGAAGCUAAUUUGCCCAAAUUGUUUGGAAGUCGAAGCAGUAGUUCCAACCCUAGUGUUGGGAGGAGCCAGAGGCCUGUGCCAAGGGACAAACACCGCAAGUCGGCAGGCAGUGGGGGAAGUGAAUCAGAUUCAGGCAAUCGAGCGGGUGGGAGGCGGGGUGAACGUUCAGCCAGCCAGUUGAGUCACCGUAGCCAUGCUGUGUCAUCUCAUAGCCACGCCCACUCCGGACACAGCCACACUCAUUCCCGGGUUCCCUCUCAACAUAGCCGCACAUCCUUUUCAUACAGCCACGCCCCCUUUACCAAGUAUGGCCACACCUCUUGUGCACUUAGCGAACGGAGCCACGCUUCUUCUUACGGACCCCCAGGCUUGCCUCCUCCCUACAGUCUGGCCAGAUUGACUCCUAAAGGGGCAAUCAGCAGCGGUCCCCCAGGGGCCCCACCAGUAAGGGAGCUAGGGGCCAUACCUCCUGAACUCACAGCCAGUCGCCAGUCCUUCCAGCAUGCAAUGGGCAACCCUUGUGAGUUCUUUGUGGAUAUAAUGUGAUCAUCUGAUGAUAUCAGAACAGUACACUGAAACUCAUUCCGUAACCUCAUACAGCCCCUCUGUUGCCUCGAUGUGUGCUUAAAGAUGCAGCCAGUGCCAUAAAGAAUACAUGGUCAGCUUUUACCAACUGCAGCGGGUUUGCUAUCUUGUCAUGUGUUGAGCAGAAGGCAAAUUCCUAUUUAAAUCUCAAAGUUUGACAACAAAAAGGGAAACAAAGUCUUUUUAUUGUAGCAUCCCAUUUUCCUGUUACCACUGACAAAAUGGCAGUGAACAGACAAACUUUUAAGAGAACCAAAGCCUACAUGCCAGAAUAUGUACCAGGGUCAAACUACUUUGAAGGUUUGUGUGCUGCAAAUCAGAGUCAGUACAACUAUUUGGACUUGCCAGAAUAAAACAUAAAAUUUCUCAACAGCCACAAUAUACAAGUACGCUGAAUAAACUGCUUUUGUGAGGAAACAGCUCAUCACUUAAUUAAUUCACCGCAUGUCUGCUAAUCUUCAACAUGUUUUACUCUAAACAAGCCUUUUGGAGUGAACCAUGUGCGAAGUUUACUACAAUAAAAUUACUGUUUUAUAAGAGAAGUUGUGGACAAUUUUGCGACAGGUAGGUCUCAGUUAAUGGAUCUCCCCACUCAUUUGUAUGGUAGCCACAAACCAUGAUUUACUGUCGUAAAUCUCUUAACGUCAUUGAUUGGUUUAGAAGACUCACGUGAGCCAAACUGAUAGUAAUGUUCUCUCCUAUGGUAGAGCUGCGGAGGUUGUUAUCUCAGUAUAUAAAAGAAUCUCUGACAUUCACAAAUUAGAGACAAUCAGAUGAUUUUUCUGGUCAGGAGCUUAGUGGUUCUCAACCCUGUUCCUGGAGGACCCCCAACACUGCACAUUUAGUAUGCAUCUCCCUUUUCUGACACACCCAGUCCAGGUCUUGGAGUCUCCACUAAUGAGCUGAUGAGUUGAAUCAGGUGUGUUUGAUUAGGGAGAUAUCCCAAAUGUGUAGUGUUGGGGGGGCUCCAAGUACAGGGUUGAGAACCACAUUCUAGGUUGCUGACUACAGUCAAAAAAAAUAUUUUCAUGUUGUGUUUGUUCCUUUUAAGAUCUUUAUUAAAAAACAAUCUUUAUGUUGUAGUUCAAUUUUAUGAUGCUCAUGACAUAAUUAAUUCUUAAAUCUCUUGUGCACUACAAAGCUGUCUGGGAUGGUGAUAAAUAUGAGAGAAAUUAAUCAUUUUGAACAUGUUUCCAAUUAUUUUUGGUUUGAAAUAUGGUAGCAUGGCUCCCUUGGCUAUGAAGCACUAGCUUGAAUUUUUUUUUUUCCAGGUAAUUAAAAAAGCCCCGAAGCUUCUGGAUAUCAGGGUAAAUUCAAGAACCAGCACUUUUAUGUGUAUGUCCAAAGCAAAUUGACACAAAUCCAAAAUUUGUUGUAUUUAAAAUUAUGUUCUUAAAUAUUGUCUGUAAGGCCUACAGAGUCUCUUGCCCCUGGGAUGAUGUGUUAGUUGUAUGAUGUGAUAUCUGGUGCUGGUAACCUGUUAAUCAAGGUGUCUCAAAGAGAAAACGUUUUUCUUUAAGAAAUUGAUUUGCUAAAAAAAAAAGCUUAACUAAGUGAAGGAAGAUUAGUUAGGAAAUUGUAUGCUACUGUAUGUGUAGUAUGUAACCAUUUACGUGCUGUCAGCUCAAGAUACAGUCAAAUUGGCACUUUUAUAAGGUCUAAUGUGCCCUUUUAUUGUGAAACAGUGUACAUCGUUAUGAGAUGUGUUGUCUAUUUUUCUCCCUUUGGAAGAUUUUGGGGGAAAGCGUUGUACAUGGUUGAUUUUUAUUGUAUAUAUGAAAAUAGAUAAUUGUAUAAAAGACAUGUACAAAGCUUCUGGUCAUGCAUUUAUGUAGUUAUGUAUAAUAUAAAUUGCACUCUGUGUAGGUGUUUGAAUUUGUGGACUUUGUUGAAAUGAUUUUUUUUAAUUUUUUUUUUUUAUUAUCAUUCUGCUCUUCUUCUUGUAUUUGUCCAUCUGUCAGUGAAACUGUCUAAAAUAAAAUAACCCGAGUUGUCA